AGUUACACAGCUCUCCUGACAGCAAACGGUGGUGAGAGGCUGCUACAAAGCCAGGCCAUGCACUCGCGCUCGUGACAGGAGAGCUCGCCCUCCUGUCGGGGCCUGUCGGCACCCUCCAGUCGCCUUUGUCGCCAGCAGCGGGGCCAUCAUGUGCCUAUGACCAUGGAGAUAAAGGACUCAGGCAGCGUGGUCCUGACAGCCUACCAUCCCCACAGCCCAGCCAGGAUCCCGGGCAUGGAGCAGAGCUUUGUGCAGGACAUCCCCCCCAGCCAUUCACCCACCAGCAGAAAGUCUUUCUCUCGUCUAAGAAUUAACAGGAUGCUUUCCAAUGAGUCAGCACCUCCUCCUGCAUUCAGUCGCUCCAACUCGCAGGCCUCCAUUGAUAGCACCUCCAUGGAGGACUUCUGGUAUGAAGUGGAGAGCAUCAAGGAGAGCAGUGAAGAUGGAUCUGACGAAGCAAUGCUCUUGGAGUUCAAACCUGCUGAUGAAGGGGAGCUGGAGGCAGAAUGGCUGCAAGACGUAGGUUUAUCUACGUUGAUCUCGGGAGCUGAAGAGGAGGAUGGCCAAGCCCUGCUGUCCACUCUGACCCGAACUCAAGCUGCUGCUGUACAGAAGAGGUACAACACAUACACUCAGACCCUGAGGAAGAAGAACAAGCACACAGUCCGGGAUGUGCGAGACAUCUUUGGCACCAGUGACUCCUCUCCCACAUUUGAGACAGUUCCAGUGUCACCAGUUCCUUCUAAUGGUAUCCAGCUUCCUGGGCAGAAACCAGUUUGGAAAUCAGUUAGCUCUAAUAGCUGUCUAGACUGUGGACUAGAUAAAGGCAGCCCAUCCGUAACAGAGGAGCUCUCCUAUGAGGUUUCUUUCUCAGAAUCCAUUACAGUCCUUCCAAAAACCCAAGAAUGGCCGAAAAACCAAAGGUUCAAAAAGGAAGACUCUGCUUUGCCUAAAUUCAUUGUACGGAAAAGCCGGUUUGGACUGACAGAGGUUGGAGACCUCUCUCCCGAAGACAUGAAGAAGAUACGCUACCUCUCCCUGAUCGAGCUAACUGCUUUCUACGACGCGCUGGGGGUGGAGCUGAAGAGGAACCGUGCAGAGAGGGUGCGGGGACGAGAAAAUGGUCUGUUUGGAGUCCCUCUCACCGUACUGCUGGAGAAUGAUCAAAAGAAGGUUCCUGGAAUAAAAGUUCCCCUCAUCUUCCAAAAAUUGCUGCUCAAGCUUGAGGAAACAGGUUUAGAAACUGAAGGAAUUCUACGAGUGCCUGGAUCUGCCUCCAGAGUCAAGAAUCUCCAUCAAGAACUUGAGGCAAAAUUUUAUGAAGACACUUUUGACUGGGACCAAGUACGAAAUAAUGAUGCAGCAGGACUGCUGAAAAUGUUUAUAAGAGAACUCCCAAGCCCGCUUUUCACAGUAGAAUACCUGCCUGCUUUCAUCACACUAGUGGAAAAAAUCUCCAAGAUCAAGUUACAGCUACAAGCUUUGCAUCUGUUGAUCAUGCUGCUUCCUGAAGCCAACAGAGACACAGCCAAGGCCUUUCUUCAGUUCCUGAAGAAGGUGGUUGCUAAUGAAGGAAAAAAUAAAAUGAAUUUGUGGAAUGUUUCUAUGAUUGUGGCACCGAACCUGUUCAUCUACAAAGGGAAACGGGCAAAUCAACAAGAAAUGCAAGCAGCCGCCACCACAGCGCACAUUGUGCGGCUUUUAAUUCGGUACCAGGACAUCCUGUGGACAGUCCCAUCCUUCCUGAUUUCCCAAGUAAGAAAAAUGAAUGAAGCAGCAAUGAACAACAGCAAAAGGCAGCUGAUGUUUGACAAAGGAGUAAGAAAACUUCUGAGGAGAAAGACCAUGGAACGGGAGAGACCUGAAAGACCAGAGGGAGCUGUCACUUUUCCCCCAUACCUGCAGUCUGACAUACCCGAGGGGGUGAUAAGAGUUUAUGCUCCACUGCAUUCAAAAGUGUCUAUGGCAAUUCAACUCAACAGCCAAACAAAAGCCAAAGACAUCCUGGCUCGAUUCCACUGUGAAAACAGCUGCGGAUCAUCGCAGAACGUGAGAGGCCAGAUCCAAAGUUUACAUGAAAUUGGAGGAAAUAUAGGUCAGCACUGUUUGGAUCCGGACGCAUACAUGUUAGAUGUUUACCGUGCAAAUCCUCAGGCAGAAUGGGUGAUAAAACCAAAAGCAAGCUGAAGCACGAGGCUGCGGUGUACUGGACAAAAGCCAAAUGGACAAGAGUGAUGCCUGUCAUUUUAAAAAGGUCUUGCCAGACACAAAACAAAAUGGUAGCCACAGGACAUCAUUCCUUCCUACCGUACUGUCCAACUGAUGGUCACCAUGUACUACUUUUGGUAUGAGCAUUAUCACUCCAACUUCUGGACCUCUGGAAAAUAUCAAAUCAGUUAUACUUUCAUAUGGAUUACAUUUGUGCCAGUUAGCCCAGGAAUUAAGGAGGACAGACCAAGGUACGGUGCACAGAAAACAACCUGUUGCAUACAGAGUUGUUAGUUUCCUAACCUGGAACAUGAAUUUUGUGAAAGAAUGCAGUAGCAUCCAAGGAUGUACGAAACACUAUCGAUCACAGCACAUCACAGAAGCAUCACAGAGAUGUUGAAGACGAGAAGUUACCUGUCGAGCGUCAAAGAGAGGAGCUCGACUUGCAGCAGUGCCAAGACAUAGCUGUGUGACAAAAUCAAACCUUUCUGCCAAAAGUCAACCUGUACAGUGUGCAUUACUGCAAUAUUUACGUCUCUCAGUCACUCCUCAUGAAUACCUGAUGCUGGGAGAGGAGGGAGGCAGAAGGAAGAAGUACUGUAUAGACAGCUAUACAGCUCUAUGUAUGUACCACUGUAUAUAUUACUACCAGUCUUCCAAAUUGUCUGUCUGGAUCACAUUACUGUGUGCAAUUGCAGCACCACAAACCAUCUUCUCCUUCCUUCCCCUAUCAUGUACACAAGUUUGGGAGACAAAUGCUGGGUGAGAAGGCACAUAUUCCGCUGGCUCUUUUACUUGAUACUCUCAAAUUCAAGUCUGUGUAAUGCUAUAAUAAUAUGAGAUAUGUGUUAAUGGUGCCACUUACAGUCAUCACCUUUUUUGUUAAACAUUUUAGUUCCUUAAUUUGUAACCUAAUUAUUUUUCUUUUGUUUAUUUUAGCUUUAAGAUGUAAGCAACUUUUAUACUAUUCAGCUGCAGUGAAAAGAGAGAUCUUUGCCCGGAUCUUGUACAGCAUGGAGAAGAAAAAGCUUCCAAUGCACAAAGGGAUUUAACACCCUUAUUUAACAUUUACAUACUGGGGCUUUAAAACUAUAGCCAAACUAGGCCCAGAUGUGCUGGGGGUUUUGCAAAUACAUAGCAAAUAGCAGCUCUUUUUACAGAUGGCAUGCAGCCUAUGAAAACACAUAGGCUGGCAAAAGAACAGUGGGCCACAACUGCACUGGGAAUGCAGCACAGCAAAUGUAAGACUGUAUGCCUACUUUGUAGCCAGUCACAAGGGUGAGCACUAUUCUUCACCUAAUCCUUUCGUUCUGGGUUAUAGUUUUAUAGAACUGAAGCAUGUUUGCUGAGUAAGGAAAUCACAAGUCUGUGGAAAACAGCAAGUAUUUUCUUCAUCUUUGUCUUACGCAAAAAAAGGGAACUAAUGCCUUCAACUGCACUGCAGUGUCUCUGUCAUUGGAUGAUGGUAUUGCAUAAUGAACUCACAGUCUCAGCAGUGGGUUUUGUUCCUCACCUGGACACACAUAUGAGGCAGAAGAUAUAGUGCUCUGUUUACCAAGUAACAAUGUAAAAGCAUUCUGAAUCAAGUCCUCCAGGUGAACAUAAAGUAUACUGUCCUGCAGAAAAAGCCCAAAACUUGUGAUGCUCUGCUGAAGCUGUGCAACAAAGGCUGGCACAUUCUAGAAACCCUACUUCUGCUUCAAAGCAUUCUCCAGUAGGUAACUUUCACUGUUAUUGUUCAGUGAGAGAAACCAACACUGAAUCAAUAAUUUUACCAGCAACAAUAAUGUCUACAGAGGGCAGAUCCCAUCUCUCUUCCUUACCUUCUUGAGAUAAAAAACUAUAAAAUUUAGCAACAUUACAAUUUCUUUUUCUUUAAAACACUGAAAUUUUUAACUUUCCUUUUUUUUUUUUUUUUUUUCUUCUUAACACUAAUGGAGGCAUAUAUGCAGCCAGAAGAUAGGGGCAGUUGUAUUAUAAAAUACAGUGCUUAUUUUGACAAACAUUUAUUUUAAGUACAUGAGAGACAGUAGAUCUGUGGUUUGUUCACAGAACUAAGCAUAAAGGUUUUGUCAAGUGCUUUGUUCUUGAUUCCCUUUAGUUCCAUCUGGGGCAAUGAACAACUCUUUCUACUAUGCUGCCCUUUUCUUUUAGGUGUAAAAUGGGACUAGCACUUUCCUUAUAAAGAUAACAUGAGAAUUAGUUGAGUUAAAUUCUGCUCUCAGAUGCAGCCAAACAAUUCCCUGAGCAGAUCAGAAGUUAUAACCAUACAUCCAGAAAGGACAAACUCAGCAUACGGAUUUUAUGUGGAAAGUGCUUUGAAUACAAAAAGCAUCAUAUAAAUGCUAAGCAUAAAUGUAUUUAUAGCCAACAAAAGAGCUUCUAUGAAUAUACAGAAAGCCUAAACAUUAACUAAAGAAUUUGAAGUGUCAUAGCAAAUGAGAACCUUCUACAAUACUUUCAGACAGAUACGUUGACCUCCUCAGUCUUGCCCACUCACUUCACUCCACAUUCGUAAUGGCCAUGCAAGGGAAAGUACAAAGCACCUGCGUGUUCACACUGUAACUUGCUCAGCAUGUUCUGGACCCUGAAAUGCAGACUUCAAAAUUAUUUCUGAAGUAGAUCUCACUGUAUUCCAUAUGGGAUGCAAGGGGUUUUUGGAAGACUCCCACCUUUUACCACUUCGCAACUUAAGAAAGCCAAAUCUGAUGUAAUGAAAUCCACUCCAUGAACAUUUGUUUUAUACUAAAAUUACCUGUAACUUUAUAAGACAUGCAUAUUAGCAGAUGAACUAGAUUCCAUGUACAGUGCCCCGACUACUACAGCAUGGUCAAAUACCUGCUGUCUUUGAAACAGAACGGCAAAAUUCUCUUUUGAUACAAAUGGACCUAAUGACCCAUGUGUACUGUGGUUAAUACUGUUACACAUUAAGUUGUUUUGUGGUGUUGUGGUACACUAACUUGAUUUAAUAUACCAUGGACAAACUGAACAAUCUCUAUGACACUUUUGAAUAUGAGGUCUCAACAUUAGGCGUUAUGUUUCAAAAUGCUGGUGGAGGCAGUGGGAGUUCUGUUCCUCCUAACAGCAGUUGAAAUCAAAACAAAGUUAUGAUAGGAUUGUCAUCCAACAAAAAGCAACAUACAUGCAUAUUAAUAAGAAAGUGGUAGCUAGCAGUGAGAAACUUACUCAGCUAACUCCAAAGAUGCCUCAACCAUUUACAUACUCUAUGCUUCUGCAAAGACAGCAUUUUGCAUAUCAACACAGAGAGAUAGAAAGAGUGUAUUGCAAGGAGUAGGUAUUUGAAACAGACUGGAAUGCUCUAACCUGUUUAUGCAGCUAAUGUCAUUAGAAUGUGUGCAUGUGUGCAAAUGUGUCUGUGUCUACGUAUAAUAUUAACUACCUCACUCUGCAUUUUCCAGGAAAAAUAUUUUGGCUCAGAGGUUUACUAUUCCAAAACUUUCUAUUAUUAAGUUCACCUCUCCACUAGACUUAUACAUUAAUAAAAUGUUUCUCCCUCUAAUGGGCAAGAUUUGGAAAUCACAAAGAAAUAUAUAUUAAAAGACAUAUUUCAGGAUACGGAUGAAAUUUUAACCAAAACAUGUUGCCUCAAUUACUUCUUGUAAUGUGAACCUUAUGAGAUCAGAUCUUGAGGUUAACAGACAAAAUACAUACUGUGUUUCAGUUUUUAUUUUUCAAUGGCUUUCCAUUAAUGUGUAUCUUCUCUGGAAAAUAAUACAAUGCCACUAAUCAAAGCAAAAUGUCUGUAUGUACGUUUCCCUUACAAGCCUCAUGUUAUGUGUCGUUGAAGUAAACCCACACGUAAGUGUAUAUGUACAGCAGAAUGUGUCCAUUGUAUUGUAUCCAUGUCAAAAAUAAAAACAGUACCAACAAAGAAA